AUGGACAUCGAACAGCGCAUCAAGGCUUACCGCUUCGUUGCCUACACAACGGUCCCGUUCUCGGUGAUAGCAAUCCUUUCUGCAUGCAUUAUGUUGCCCAUUGCUCAUAUUAACAUUAAUCACAUGAGGGGAACCAUGCACAAAGAGCUUCGCUUCUGCAUGAAUUCUGCCAAAGAUAUUCGGAGCGAGAUAAAACUUCUCAGAAACAUUCCAACCGUGAACAGAACUGCUCGUCAAGCAACACCUAGGAUGGUCCAAGUAUCGGCUAGCCCACGAUUAGAAGAAGCAGCGUUUCAAAAUAUCGACCUCUGUCAAUUGUGCUGUCCUCCAGGGGCACCAGGACCAGCUGGACCUCCUGGCCAGCCAGGUCGCCCUGGGAAACCUGGAGCACCUGGUAACCCAGGAAUGCAAGGACGACCAUCACAGCACCCAUGUGAGUCCAUUAGCCCUCCACCAUGUAAACCGUGUCCAGAGGGUCCAAUGGGACCUCCAGGGCCACAAGGACCCGAUGGAGAUCGUGGACCAGACGGUCGUCCCGGUGCACCUGGAAAAGAUGGCAGUCCAGGAGAACCUGGUCCAAAAGGACCUCCUGGACCUAUUGGUAAACAAGGAGCACCAGGUGCCGAUGGAAAGCCUGGAGCAGCUGCUGACAUGGGAGGAAUCUCUGGAGAGCCUGGACCAGCAGGACCACCUGGCCCGCAGGGACCACCAGGACGUAACGGACAACCUGGAUCUCCAGGACCUAUUGGGCCACCUGGACCCAAAGGAAUAAGAGGACCUGACGGCCAGCCUGGUAUACCCGGUAAACCAGGAUUGCCAGGAGCACGUGGGCCAAUUGGAGCUCCAGGAGAGCUAGGAAUUUGCCCGAAGUACUGUGCUGUCGACGGUGGAGUAUUUUUCCAGGAUGGAAGAAAACUUGACAAAAAACGCUUCGCUAAAGGAGGGGUGGCGUAA